AUAAAACUGAUGCGAAUUUCUAUUGGACGUCAGUAUUGUUUCGAACACGCGCAGUAAUCGUUUGUUCAAUUCAAAUAGAAUUUAGCAAAUAAUUGUCAAUAACCAACAAUCAUGACAAUAUCUAAAUCAACAGUAAGAAGUGUAUUGGAGGAUUUGGGUUAUCAUCCAGUAUCAUCGUAUUUAAACGCUAUCGUUGAGGAGGCCAAUGAUUUCGGUGACAAAAAUGAAGCUGUAAUGUUUUUAGCACAAACAGCUCACGAGACAGGUGGAUAUCGAUAUAUUGAAGAAAUAGCAUACGCUGGAUCUGGUAGAAUUGCAACAGAGUAUGGUACUGGUGCACCAGGAAAAUCUUAUCAUGGGAGAGGAUUUAUUCAAUUGUCGUGGCCCGAUAAUUACAGGGCUGCUUCUUCGGCUUUAGGUAUGGGUGAUAAAUUAUACAGACAUCCUGAACUCGUGGUGCAAGAUUUAAGUAUCGCUGCAAGUGUAUCCUCAUGGUAUUGGCGUAGCAGAGUUAGACCUGUUGCUGGUGAUAUGAGCCAAUUUGGAUUGACAACUAAAGCAAUUAAUGGUGCUUUAGAAUGUAGAGGACAAAAUGUUGAUAAAAGUAAAAACAGAUAUAGAAUAUACAAAGCACUUGCACGUGAACUUGGAAUACGUAAMAUGUCAUCCGAAUGUGGUUGCUACAAUUAAUAGAUUUUUUUCUUCAAUAAUUUUUUUCUAUGAUUUUCCUCAUUCUUUGGAUAACGAAAUAUGAAUUCAAUUUAAAGGACCAUUAUUAUUAUUAUUAUUAUUAUUAUUCAUUGAACUACAAAUGGAGAUGACAAUUAAAAUAUAAUAUAAUAGAUUUAUAUACUAGGUGAUGGAUUUGAUAAUAUCGUAAAACAUGUAUUAUCGCAAAACUCAAUAAAAUAAUUAAGUUUA